AUGAAAUGUUUCAAAAACACUGAACAGUUAAAUCAAUCAAUUAAAGACAUUUCUAAUCAAUAUAGUGAGUUAUUUGGUGAAUCUAUAUUUUCUAUUGAACAAAAACUAAGAGGAGAAUUAAAUCUAUUGGAAAAUAAAUUAAAAUCAGAUACUGACCUAACAACUAUAACAUCAGCUAUAACAUUUCUAGACAAGCUUGAUUUUGACUAUUUUCCAGUAUUUUCUUUAUUUAUUAAAAUUCUAAUCACUCUGCCAAUAUCUAUUGCUACAGCAGAAAGAAGCUUUUCUUCUCUACGUUUACUAAAAACAUGGCUAAGAACUAGAAUGAGCGAAGAAAGGUUAACUGGUCUAGCUUUGUUAUACAUUCACAAAAAUAUUGAUAUUCAUAAUAAUAUUGAGAAUAUCAUUAAUAGAUUUGCUAAUGAUAAAAAUAGAAAAUUGGACUUUAUUUUGUAA